UGGAAGGACACUAUUGUUGAAGGGACUAAAGAAACUACCCAUUAUCUUGCAGAGAAAGGGGCACAGGUAAAGGACCCCAUUGUUGAAAGGGCUCAGAAAUCUACCCAGUAUGUAGCAGAAAAGGGAGCACAGGUAAAAGACACCAUUGUUGAAAGGGCUCAGAAAUCUACCCAGUAUGUAGCAGAAAAGGGAGCACAGGUAAAAGACACCAUUGUUGAAAGUGAUAAGAAAACUUCAGAGUAUGUUGCAGAGAAGGCAGUAACAGCUAAAGAUGUGAUAGCGCAAAAUGGCAAAAAAGUGGUUCGUUGCGUAGAGAAAGUGACAAAGAACUUCUUCAUUAUGGAGACAUUUCAUUGAAUGUAGUAGGUGAUAAUUGAUAUCAUGAUUUCCAAUAAUAAUAUAUUAUGAAAUAUUGUAUUUUUAAAUCAUUACGUUAAUUAAAUAUUAUAAUUCUGAACUAUAAUA